AUGUUUAUUCAAUUUGGAAUGAGCCGUGUGGGUGUAAUAGGUGUUACCAUUAUGGCAAUAUUGUCAGGGUUCGGUGCGGUGAACAGUCCAUACGCGACAUUGUUUUUCUUCUUGAGACAAGUUACAGAUACGGAUAUACAAGCUGCCGAAAAGAAGUACAUUCAAACGUUGGAUAUAAUAAUGAGCAAGAAGAGACGUAUAUUAAUACGACAAAGGAGCGCAGCAGAGCAUAGUUCAAGAGUUGGCGGAUUUGUACGAAAGAUGUUCAACACAGUAACGAACGGCAUGGGGAUGGGCAGUGAGAAUGUUGGAAUGCUGAGACAAGAAAUUUCUAGUCUCGAAAAUCUUGGUCGACAAUUAUUUUUGGAUAUAGAAGAUUUAUAUCAAGAAAGGGAUCGUCUUCAGCAUUCGAAAACUUGGCAAGGAAAAUAUUUCAACUUCAUGGGCUAUAUAUUCUCAGUUUAUUGUGUUUACAAGAUUUUUAUGGCAACCAUUAAUAUAAUUUUCUUUAGGAUAGGAAAAACUGAUCCAAUAACAUAUGGGUUGACUUUGGCAAUACGAUACAUUAAUAUUGAUAUAAACGUCGACUUUUGGUCUCAACAAUUGAGUUUCUUCUUUGUUGGAUUGAUGAUAUUCUUUUCGAUUCGUGGAUUGUUAAUUCAAUUACUUAAAUUUUUCAGAGCAGUUUCAAAUUCGGUGUCAAGGAACAACAUUGUCCUCUUUUUGGCGCAAAUAAUGGGAAUGUAUUUCCUGAGUUCAGUAUUGAUGAUGAGAAUGUCAUUACCUGUUAUAUACAGAAAUAUAAUUUCGAAUAUACUAGGCUCAAUAGAAUUUAGUUUCUACCAUAGAUGGUUUGACGUGAUAUUUCUUGUGAGUGGAUUGGCAAGCGUAGUUUUUCUAUAUUUCGUCCACCAAGCAAAUAAUAGUAAUGUUAUGCUCACCUCUAUGGCCAUGACAUCGAUGUCGUCAAAUUCUAAUAUAUCACCAGUUUCAAGUGGAGGAUAUUCGCCGAUUAUAACAUCAGCUGUUACAGCUGUCACUCCGAUUAACGAUCAUUCUUAUAAUAAUAUGACACCUGUGAAUAGUAGCCAGAGAGUGGAAUGGGAUCACACUGGUAACAACGUUGGUAAUAGAUGGGCUACUAGUAGUGGUUUGAAUCAUCGAGGGUGA